AUGGCAGACGUGCGCUCACUUCUGCGCGAUGAGCGCGCAUCGCGUCGCAUCAACCACCCUCAUGCAAACUACUCGGACUCUGGCAAACUGUCAUGCGCCGUCUGCAAUAUCCAAGUCAAAACAGAAUCGCUCUGGGAGAAUCACAUCAAGUCGCCUCAACAUAAUGCCCGACUAGAACAUUUGCGCGCCAAUCCUCCACCAGCGCCAGCCCAAGCUCGAAAGCGCAAGGCUGGAGAGGACCAAGACCAAGACAGAAAGAGAGUCAAGGCUGUGCCUGGAGGCUUUGUACCCGAGGGCUUCUUCGAUCCAGCUGAAGAGGGCGAGGACGAGGACGAGCAUGUAGACCAGGGAGAAGACCAAGACACAGCACCUGCUCCGUCAAUACCAGACGCCCGCGUCGCAGAGUCACAGCCUGUCGCUUCUGGACUGCCCCCUGCGCCAGACGUGAACGAAGACGAAUGGGCUGCCUUUGAGCGCGAAAUGGCUGCCACACAAACCACCGCCCUCCCAAUCAUCAGCGCAUCUGCCACGAUAUCUGCUGCUCCUGUCACAGCCGAAGAGCUGGCUGCCCAGGCUCGCGAGGAGCUGAGCGCACAACGAACAGCAAGAGAAGCAGAAUUAGAAGCAGAUACCGAAGAUGCUGCAGUCGCCCUACAACAAGAGUUUGACGAAAUGGACGAGUUGGACGAACGAGUCAGGCGCUUGCGAGAGAAGAGGGAGGCACUACGACUGUCCAAGCAGCACGACACGUUACCAGACGCUCCUGCUACUACAGUUGAUGCUUUACAGCAUGACACUACUUUUCAAAAUAAUGAUGAAGAGGACGAAGACGAGGAUGACGAGGAUGAUGAUUUUGACGACUGGACCUUUGGCGCUAGGUAG